AUGGAGAAAGAUUACAUAAAAUCCACUGUAGAAGGACUUAAAUGUUCUUCGUCCAGUCGCAUACAAGAUUCUCUUAUGAAAAUUAGACUUUCCAUCAUAACUUCGGAAAAGGGAAUAAAGGCGUUCCGAGAAUGUGGAGGACUAGAAUAUCUACUGCCUCACCUGCGAAAACCCAAUGAACGCAUCCUAGACUUAACGUUAAGCAUUCUUGGUAAUGUUUGUCUCGAUGAAAAAUGUAGACUAGCGGUUGGUAAACUAAACACUUUUGGUCCCUUGGUUUCUAUCUUAAACACUGUAUCUAAAGACAGUAUUCUUGGGAGAACUUGCAAACUUAUUGGUAACUUGGCACAGACCAAAACAAAUGCAGAAGGCCUGUACAAUCGCGGAGUUAUUAGUGCUUUGGUCUCCCUCAUUGAGGGCAGGACCAAGAGUACAUCAAAUCCAACUCUUAUGAUGGCUGUAAGGGCUAUUAGACAACUAUGGACAAUAACAGAUAAAAGAGAUGAAAUGCUGAGUAUGAGUGUCGUCAGGUGUAUAGCUAUUCUGUUAACAACAGAAUGUGAAUCAAUUGGUUUGAUCAAGUCCACCACGUUGGAUAGAAUAAUUAUAGAGCCUAGCAAGAGCCAAGAAGAAUUAAUUGUUGGUAUCCUGAAAUGUUUAGGCCACUUCACUACAUAUUCUACUUCAAAAUGUGCUAAACAGCUUCAAGGUGAUGGCAGGGGUUACCAAUGUCUUGUUGCCCUGACAAAAACAAAUGAGAUAUUAGCAUUGAAAUGUUUAAUGAACCUUUGUUACUUGUCUGCAUGUCGCCCUUUGCUGGGCACAGCAGGCCUGGUUGAAUGUCUAGUCAAUAUUUUACAGAGGCAUGCAGAAGUGAAGUGCUGGCCUGACGGUGCGGCCAAAGCAUUAGCUCAACUGAGUGGUGAAUCAGUAAAUAGAUCGCGUUUGCGCCACUGUGGAGGUUUGCCCUUACUUGUGGCAGCUGCACGGGUCAAUAGUCAUGCUAUGCAUGCUCUAGUUCAAUAUGUCUUUGAUAACAGAGCAUUCCAAAUAUUAAUCGAUGAAGGCUUGAUCACACUUCUUACUGAUAAACUGUCUAACUAUGUUAAAACUAUGGAAGUUGAGCAUAAUCUACUAUCUGAAGGUAAAUUUGCAAAGAAAACUGAGAAAAAUGCUGAGAAUGAAAAAGGUGAUCAAUUAGGCAUAGAUAUACAAGAAAACCUAGCGGCAGAGACAGAAGAUGACCUCAAAGUGGUGAUAGAACGAGAUAACAUGCUAAUAGGUUUAGUCGAUGCAAUCGGUAGCGAUAAGUCGGACAGCGAUGUUGAUGCUACAGACUCGGUUUCACUAUUCAAACAAGAGUGCUUAAAACGGGCGUUUACUAAUGAAAGAAAUACAAAAAAGAAAAGCAUGGUAAACAAACAUUGGCAGCCAGAGAGCCCAGAACUUCUAUCACCUUAUUCCGAUGGAAAUUGGUCCGGUUUAAGUCCAGAAUACAAUAGCAAGAGGAGUGCUUGGGAUUGGAGUCCAGCGUCCAGUAGUACAGAUGGGAGUUCUACGUCACCAUACAGAAAUGAUUCGUAUCCUUGGAGCCCAAGUAGCAGUUCUGGUCCAGCGUCCCCACUUAGUAUAGAAGAAAAUAGUUCAGACUCUGAAGUAUCUGGUCGCUACUCCCCGGUCUGCAGCGACAGUGAAGACGAAGGUAGCAAGCCCAAAAAGAGCGCCGUAGACCCUGCCCAAGUGGCACACGAACUUGAAGAACUUAUAAUGGAAGACGAGGAAAGCAGCAGUGAAUGGCCAAAUGAAGAAAACGAAGAACUUUCAAAUAUUACCAAACCGUCAGGUGUAAUGUGCAUAUUAGUGAUAUUAUAUCGAGUGUCAUUCGGUAUUCCUAUGCAAGCGAAUAACAAUGAAGAGGUUUCGCCUAAUUUGGAACUAUUGGCGGGGAGCAAAUGUAUGAAUGCCUUGCUGGAUUAUGUGGAGAAGUGUAGACGGCCUACUGGUAGAGCUGCUAGGAUAAUCAAUAGAGUUUUGACCAACUCUUUGUGCCUAAUAAGCCUUCUAAAACAUAAAUUGCCGGUUAGAAUACACAAUAUGUCUGUAAAAACCGAACACCCACCUACUGACUGUCGACAGUGUAAACAACUUUUAAGACUAGGCGCAAAGUUUUUGGAACACUUGACGGUUGUGGCAGAGUCAAGCCAUGGGAUUGGUGAAAUAAGUUACCACUUACUGAAGGGCAGUGAGGAUGUGAAGCAAACAUUGGCUCUUACCUUGCCAUACUUAAUUAGAUCAGAAAAGAUUUUGAAAAAAUACUUCGUGGACUGUGAAGCAUUGAACCUCCCCUUCUCCAUGAUUUCCGAUUCGAUAGACAACAUUGAGCUAUGUGUCCCCGCCUUAAUAAAAUUGGUUGCUCAGGUCCAAAUCAAAGACCCAAAAAUUGUCGAGAGUCGGUAUGCCUCCUAUGUUCCUAUUCACUAUGAGAGUAUCACCCUUGAUUUCUCUCAAGAUGACAUAGUAACGUUUGUCCUAGACGAUAAUUCCACUGUUAAAGCCAGCAGGAACUUCUUGUGCCAACAUUCAGAUGUGUUCAAAGUGAUGCUAACCGGUUCAUUCAAAGAGUCCUCGGAGAAAUAUAUACGCCUCAAAACGGUUAGUCAGCCUGCUUUGGAGUGCCUAUUCACACUUCUAUACUGUUACUUUAAAGAUUCAAAGUGUGAUGCGAUUAAAACAUUUCCCCUGUCGGAGAAUUUGGAUACUAACUUGGAAGUACUUCUCCUAGCUGACAGAUUUCUGUUCGAUAGAAUAAAGACACUAUUGAGCAGUGCUAUCAUACAAUUUCAAUUUACUCCAGAUACGGUUGUUAAAAUUUAUGUGUGGUCUCUCGGAGAUGGUGUAGGUUACCUUUGUGUCGAAGCAGUAGCAUAUUUAUUGACAGGUGAAAUGAGUGAAGAGAGCCGGCUGAAAGCUUUUAAAAAUAUUGUUGAACUUGAUUAUAAGGAGCAAUGGCUUGAGGAUGUUAGAACCAUGAUUUUAAGGCAAUUAUUAGUGAAAUGGAAAAUGUAA